CCCAUCUCCGGGGCCAAACUGGACGGGGGGAAAAAUCUUUAAAAUAUUACUUUUCUCGUCAAUUUGUAGCCAAAGUUAGCAGAUUGCGUGCCAUUCAGGAAAAAGGCAAUGGCUCUUUCCUGUAAUUAAAUAUAGAGCCGUACAAAAAAAUCACUGGCACGUGUCAGUUCUAAGUGGAAAUACAGCACUAGGUGGGGAUGCAAAAUUGUUCCAUGUGUAACUCCAUUGCCAGGGAUGCCUUAUAUUAAAAUAGCUUACUGGCACCUAGCUCUGAAAGCUACCGAGAAAGGGGAGCAGGUCGUCGGAGCACCCAAGCAAACACUCAAGACUCCCAGAGAGCUAAAUGUUUAAUUCCAUAUGUAGGAGCCCAACAUCUCGGUGAACUACACUUCCCAUGAUGCUCUGCGAACACGGCAAAUGCUCGUCGGGCCUCGGUGACUGGAGAAGUCGAAAGAGACGCUAAUCCCUUGUCUGCCUGGGAGAGGAAAGGGAGGGUGCGUAGAGGCGCAAGUGCAGAGGCGCCGCCUCGAUGCUUGUGUUGCGAUGCUUCCGGUUCCCGGGUGCAGUUCGCAAGCUUCUGUGCGCGCGGGGCGAAAGAGCGCAGGGGAGGUGGGGUGAUCUUGCUUGCUUACUCGGGACAUUGCCCAGAGUUCAGAUGAUCGCUAAAUCUCCCGUGCUGGUUCUAAGCUGCUUCUUGGUCGUUUAUGGUGCUGCUUUGUUGUAUUAGAAUCGUAGAGUUGGAAACGAUCCCAAAGAGCUCAUCUGAUCCAACCCCUGCAGUGCGGUAUUUUGGGCAUCAUUAAUUGUAUCUCAUGCCUUUUGUUUACCGCCGUAGUAGCUGUAUAGAAAAGCGUAAAGUGUGCUGCAUCAGGAAGAUUUGGGAGCAUCAGGUGGCAGGACAGAGUCUCAAACAAUGAUGUUCUCCAUAGUGUGUAGAGCGAUCGUCUUCAGCUGGUGGGGCGGGGCCCACUAGUGAGCUGCGGCCUGAUCCAAGGUGGAUCGCCACAAGAGCAAACACGUGGUUAAAGAUUAAGUAAUAAGUCCCCAGUGCCUAGGUCUGAAAAGGUUGAAGAUACCUGGAACAGAGAAUGUCUACGAAUGUAAAACCCUCUGAACAAACACAUCAGCAGAUUUAUCUUUGAUUGGUUUAAAUUACCAACUAAGUUCAAGCUUUUUUAUUAUUGUGCGAGGCAGUUACAGUGAAUUGUAUAGUCUCUCCCCUGCAGAGUGAGACUUGCUUCCAAUUAACCAUUCAUAGGAAGUUGCUCCAACGCGAUCCUAUGCGUGUCUAGAAAAGACAGGGAGCUUCUGUGUUCUAUGAGAUGUACAGCUCAGUCUUAUUCAAAAGUCCCACUUUUUUAAAAAUGGCUUUAUUCCCAGAGAAGUGUGUAGAGCAGACAUAGGGACCCUGGGAUAAUGUUGGGCUACAACUCCUAUUAUCCCUGCCCCUUGGGCUUGCUGGCCUCGUGUAUAUAUAGGAGUUAAACCUCCUUGAGUAUUAACAUUCCACGUUCACUAUACAAUAAAUUCCAUGGAUUUUUAAAAAACUGAUACUUGCUUCCUUGACGUGCGCGCGGAUGCCCGGAGUUCUGUUGCCCAGAAUCAACAAAUGCCUCUUGAUCAGGGACAAAAACAGCGGAGCAGCGUUUGAGACCUGCUUGCUUUUACAGUAGUGACAAGCAGCCGCCAGGCCAGCAGCGACGGAACGUGACGCCCUCGCCCCGCCUUCGCUACCACGCUGACCGGACAGGGGCGGGGAGGGAAGAGGAGCGUCCGGACUCCGCUUGUCCGUAGCGGGGGAUCUCGGAGGGAAGAUGAGCGCUGAGACGCUGACCCUGGACUGCAUCAUCCACCUGUUCUCAUACCUGGAGCCACCGGAUCUACUCAGAGCAGCCCAAGUGAAUAAGGUGCGUUGCAGCGCCGGUUGCAAGUGCCCCCAAAUUCGCCCGUGCGCCACUGGUGGAAAGAACAUCUUUCUCCACUUCGAUCGCGGGAAGUGGGGAAAGAGGGCUUCCCUUAACGACCUCUCCAAGCCAAAUGCGCCAGUAGCAGGCGCGCUUGCUCCAAGUUUCUCUCGACCUCUUCAGAUACGUGGAGCGCGAUCUUCCUGUUUUAAUAGAUGUAUAACGUCCCAAUCACUGCAACCCUUCUCUCCCCAGCUUCCUCUUCUUCUUCUUCCCCGUUGUACAAUUUUGCCCGUCCCCCCCUUUGCUUUUAUUAACGAGCCAACUUAAGAGGGCGAGAUCCGGAUUCCGGACGUCCCAUUCUGACAGCGUGUCCCCGUCCAGCGUCGUGACACAGUAGUCAUUAAAAGGGGGGAGAAGAUCCUGCAGCGACACACUGGAUUCAGUAAAGCGCGCAACAGUAUCCCUGGCCACCGUGGAAAUCUCCCGAACAAGACAGGCGCCUGCGCCUGCGCUCUUCCUGGAAACUUUGCUUUCUGUUUUCAAGCCGACCCCACCCUCGAUGUUUCUGCAGUGCUGACAAUGCAGCCAGUAAGAGCGAAAGCCGCUGAUCCAAGCGAUGGUCCUUCUGGCGCUUCUGUUUCUGCAGAUGUUAAUGGGAAGCUUCUAGGAUUGCAAACUUCCCUAGCGAUGCUUCGGGGCCUCUUGCCACCUGUGUGACAAGCAGACGUUAAGCUGACAAAAGUUUUCCCCAUCAUUGUAUUUGCAUGACAGGAAAAACAUCACCUGUUGAAUGAAUAUCACUUUUAUGAUUGCUUAAAACAGAACUCUUUUUUCUUUUCUUUUUUGUACAAACGCUUAAAUGUCCAACUUAGUACUUUGAAAUAAGACGUGCCUAAGGCUGCAAUCUGAGGCCCAGUAAGCCUCAUUGCUCUGUUUUAUAUUUAUUGCUUGUUACUGUGGUGUGUUGGGUAUUUUAUUACAUUUAUUGUAAGCCACCCUGGGACUUUGAGGUAAGAUAAAUAACAGACUGGCUGAAUGAAUAAAUGAAACUGCAGGCACUGUGCUCAAGUGUGCUGCUAUGUGACUCAGUCCCCUGAAUCUUGAAGAACUUCCUCUAAAACCUGUCCUGCUUUCCCGUUUUAGACAUGGAAUGAAGCUGCAGAGACCUCUUCUCUUUGGAGGUUAGUACACUUCUUAUCUAUUUUAAUAUUUGGGUUUGGUGCAUUCAGUUUACUUAUGACUGAGAACACAGCACCAUUCGCGAACAUGGAACAGCAGAGUUCGAUAAGGACAACAUAGCCAAGUCCCCUCUGGUGAUCGCAACGGACAUGGCUAGAAGACAGAAAGAGAUCUGGGGGGAAGUCAAAACAAGGGUGGCAAGCAAUGGAUGUGAGGAACUUCGUUACAGCUGAGAAUGAUGAUUAAUACACACCAUGCAUUUAAUGCACAUUCAAAGAGCACACACACACACACACACACACACCUCAAUCUUGGAAACUAUAGCUUGCCCUUCCCAAAGCUACAGCCAUGAUUCUUGGGAUGGGGACAUGCUUAAAAUGUGCUUUAAAUGUAUAGUGUGUACAUAGCUACAGAAAACAUGGGUUGGGAGGAGGAAGGACAAGAUACAUAGCAGGGUCAGUGAGGGAUCGGGCUUGGGGAGAGGGGUGGGUAGGUCUGGGGAGGCUUGGAGGGCUGCAUUUGACCCCCCACCUGAGGUUCUCUGCCACUGCAUUAAACUUGCAGACAAGAGUUUGUGCUAGAUAUGAAAGAGAUAAAUUAUUUGGCAGCAGAAUUCUGUAUUGAGGAGAAAGGACUGGAGAGGAUGUAGGAAAGCUCAAAAUGAGGAAGGCUGGAAUCAGAAUUUUAGAUGAGAGGCGAUGGGGAGGAAGGAGCAGAUUUUUGCAAUGCCGUACAUUGUAAAAAUAUGUAAAUGAAUGAAAUCCAGCCGAAGACUUUGUAGCCAAUUGCUUUUUAUCUAAUGACGGCAGAUGAUGGUUGUCAUUCAUUUCUGCCUCGUUCAGUGAAACUGCUCUGGAGGAAGGAUUUUAAAAUUUCAAGAUAAAUCUGCCACUCUUUAAAUUUAUAGAAAUAUGUGUCUGAGACGAUGGGCCUUCUGCAAUAUCUCAGUGAUCCCAGGAAUGCAGACAUGGAAAAAGUACUAUCUGCACCGCUCUAAUCUUGAGCAUAAAAAGAUAUCUGGACGGCCUUCAGUUGACUACACAUGUAAAGCGAUGAGAGGACAUACAGGUAGGCUAAGUGUGGUAAAAACUCAUAAUUUAAUUUCCUGGAAUAGGAAACACAUAUCACCAGUGGCGUAGCGUGGGUUGUCAGCACCCGGGGCAAGGCAAGUAAUUUGCGCCCCCUAACCCGUGGAUUUGCGCCCCCUAACCCGUGGAUUUGCGCCCCCUAACCCUAACCCCCAGAUGUUGCGCCCGGUGCGGCCGGCCCCCCCUGCACCCCCCACGCUACGCCACUGCAUAUCACUCCCUCUCUACUUAUUUUUAUAUUCAUUGAAAAUAACUACCAUAAUGGAGUGAGUGAAAAAGAUCUGAUAUGCAGUAAUGAUGCCUAACCUUACUAAUUUGACAGGGGAGGUGAAAUGGGUGGGGGGAAGAUUUGGACGAAAAACAUGGUCCCUCUUUGUGAUGUGCAUAUGGAGCAAGUAUUUAAAAUAAAUCCCUUUUCACUGCUGAAAUCAGAAAUACUUGAGUUUAAUGAAGCAGAGUUUUGAAAAUAUAUGACUGGAUGGAAUAAUGAUGGUAUACUAAAAUAAUUAUUAUAUGCAGCUUGUCUUUUAUUUUUAUUUGGGGAGAAAUAAAAUGAAUAGUGCAUUUGAAUAGUACAUUUUAUUCCCAGGGUGCUAUUUUAGAGUUAUGUGAUAGACCGAUGUUUCUGUUUGGUAUAUUGCAUGUGCCUGAACGCUUUUGUAAUUGAAGAUUAGGGAACGGUGUUUACAUUUUUGGCAUAUACUGAAGUCCUUUUUGUUCAUCCAGCCAUUUCUAGAUUCUUUUAUGAUCUUGUUUUAUGUUGCUUUUAUUAUCUAUUGCAUUGUUUUACUUUUUUACAUUGUUUGGAGUAUAUAUUUAUUGCACAUGCUUUGAGGUUUUUUCUUUAAAAAUAUAAAGUGGUAUAGAGAUAUACAUGCAUGUGUGUGUGUGUGUUUAUAAGAUUUUAAAUAAAUAAAAUUAUGUUGAGUGUUUAUUGCAGAUUUAUAAUAUGCCACGUUUCUGCAGUAUCAGAAAACACACCAGACUAAUGGUUGUUUUCAUAAUGAAAUUCUGCUCAAUUUUUUAAAAAUUCCAAAUAAAAUUCUGCUCAUGUUGUUAUAGGAACGAUAACUGGUAUGGCUUACCUAUCAGAGAACGAGCACACAUUUGCAACAGGAAAUGUCAAGUCUGUUGUGUGUACCACUUCUUCUGAUGGCACAGUCAGGGCAUGGAACGUCCAAGAGGUAGGACAAAAGUACUUGUAAAAGAUGAAUGGUGGAUUUUAGUAAGGAAGGAAAAUCACACGACAACAAAGAUCACCAUAGCUAAUCACAAACAAACAACCAUACCCUAGGCCAACUCCAACCUCUUUCACCACCAAAGAAACACAAAUGAACAGCAGAGAACCUGCACGAGCAAUGCUGACACCAAACCCUACAUACAUUAAGCAAAAUAGAAACAUCGCCACCUGACCCCACCCAUCUUCGCCCCGCUCCACCCCUUAUUUCCCCCUAAUGUCUCAACAAAUGAAACUGAUUUGUAAAAAUGUUACAUGGAAAAAAUACGAGAAACAUUACACAUACUUCUGUAAAACAAGAAAAUUGUUAAUAAAAUAAAAAAGGAUAAUAUUUCUGAUUGGUGCCAAGGGGUGAUCACACUUAUAUUCAGAAUUACUUCAAAGAGGAAAAGGAAGGAAAGCCCAGGCAGCUCAAAUUGUUUGUUUGUUUGUUUGUUUGUUUGUUUAGUUACGACAUUUAUCUGCCACCUUUCAAGGCAGUUGCUGUUUGUUUGAGAUAUUUAAAGAGAGAUGGGUGGAAAACGGAUUAUCCUGCUGGAGAAAGGGCUAAAAGGGAACCUGCAGUCAGGAAAAGCAUUUCUAGCACGGACGUAGCCAGGAUUUAUUUUAAGGGGGCAGAAUCGAGUUAUCUGCGACACAAUUGGUCAUUUAGUUAAAUAUUUCUAUUUAUUUCCUUGAUUACCUGUACCCCCUGGCUAUGCCCAUGCCUUGUAGGAGUGCAGGAGGUGGGGGGGGGAGUAUGGUUGAAAAUGGCAACUUCCUGUCCUCCAGUGGGAGCCCCCUCUGCUGAAUCUCAACCCCUUUCCUGGAAGAAGCCCUUCUGUUCACAGGAGGACAAAGCUGGGUGCAGCCCAAUGAAAGUAGAAAGGAAGAAAACUAAAAUUCCAGAAUUUGACAUGGCAUUUUUUAAAAGACUGUUGGCAUGACGUUGAUGGCAAUAUGGAGGACAAAAGUCUGAUACCAAGGAAGCAUCCAUUUAUUUGAAAUGAAUUCUGUUAGAAUAUUUUUGGCUGCACAUCAGGACUUUGAAAUACAAUGGAGACUGACUCAUUAUGUUCUGGUGUGCACAUAAAUCAAGUGAACAUGUUUCAACAAGGUAAAGGUGAAAGCAAGCAACAAAUACGCAAACUUUUCAACAGCAUGUGUUCGUUUCCUUUUUUUCUUACCGACUCCACACCGAAAAAAGUUGGCGUAUAGAACAUACUUGAAAAUACACCAUCAGAGAAAUCUGUAUAGUUGGGUCUUAGGCAACAUACACACCAGACUGUUAAAGUACCCCCUGCUCCACACACACAGAAUCCUGAGAGUUGAGUUUAAGGGUGCUCGGAAGUAUGGGUCUGUAGAAGUAAACUACAGUUCCCAGAAUUCUCAGGUGGGGGUGUGUCCUUUAAAGGUUUGAAGCAUAUCUAGCCUUGGUCUUGGGUGAAUGGGGUUAGGACUGCAUGCCACGCAUAACACAGAUGUGUUAAAUGAAAUAGUCUGAAGAUAAUAGAGAAUUGGAAAUAAGUGAGGCACGAAUGGCACCAUUUUGUGUUUUUUAAACAGGGUACACAGAUUUGGUCAAGUCCCCAGCAGGAAAAUGGACUGCAAAACAUUGCCACGUUUCCUUCAGAUAAAUUGGUGGCUACAAUAGACUGUCAUGGGAUAAUCAAACUCUGGCAUGGAGAGACAGGGGAAGAGCUUGCAACGUUUUCAGUAUCAUCCUCAUCAUGCUCUGUGGUUGCCUACACAAUAAACAGCAAGCCAUUCUUAACGGUAAGUGUAGCGUGACUGACAGUUUGAAACAAACUUCCUGUUGGCUUGCCAAAAGCCUGCUUAAAAAUGUGGAAUAGUAGUUUUUAAAGUUGCUGCAACUCAGGGCUGGAUCAGAGCUAUUCCAUUGUUUUUGCAAGAAACCCAGCAAUUGGUGACUCAGCAGAAAUUGGUAAUCCACAGUUGAAUCUUUUGCGUGUUGCUACGAAGGAAUCAUUAACUAUAUUUUCUGUGCUUCCUUCCUUGGUUUAGGUAGGCACCGGAGGAGGCAAACUCUAUACGUUAGUAGCUGCCAAUUUAAGCCAAAUUUCAUCCACACAACUGUUCCAAAACUGUGGCAUAAAUUCAUUACUUUGUUCACCCGAUGGUCUAUGGAUAGUUGCUCGCCCUACAGAUAAUGCUUUACCACCAAAGGUACUGUUAUGCUGCAGCGUUUGAGCAUUUGUUGAGACUAACGUCAACUUCAGGGUUGUGGUGGGGAUUCAGUUGGGAUUGUGGUGCAGGAGAAAGGGUUAAAUUCCUCCUUCCCUGCAUGCUGCAGUCUUGACUUCCUCCCAUUCCACAUGGCUAUUUCAAACGGAAACAACCUGUAACGCUGAAUGCAAUUUUGGAUUUAACCCAUCAUCUUUAGACUUAAGACUGUUACAAACUGUAAACUACUUUGGUGUGUCAACACUUUGCCUAGUAUUUGUGUCCUUCCCUCCCCUUCUCCAUGAGCUUACACCUUUAGGCUUCCCAUCUAGCCUAAAGAGUUCUGGAGAGCUUGAAAACUUGCUCACUGUGUUGUGGCAUUUAGUUCGUCCUAGCAAAGUUACCACUAUUUUGUGGCUUCUUUUUUUCUCAUAAACUUGCAAUUGUUGUCAACAAAAUUCCACUCAAAUCUCCAUGCCACAUAACGAGCAAUCUUUACUUGGGCAAAAGAAAAAUGUCCCAUUAACAGAGCUUCCCCUUCCUGCCUCUCCAGAGAGAUGGGGAGUGGGAGAGGCUGAACCUUGUAUGACUUGAUCCACAAUAGCUAAGUCAUUCCCCCUCCCAACCCUGUGGCAAGACGCUUGGAGGGCCUGUAGGGAUGCAACCCUGAAGGAAGUAUCAAACACCAUUUGUGAUGUGCCAUGAAGCUCUGUAAUUCAAAGUUCAAAAUAAUUUUUUGCAUAAAAUUCAAAGUGAAAAUCCUCACUUGGGCUAUCCAAGUAUACCAUAAGCAGCUCUUUGGAUCCCAGCUAUUGUGUGUUAAUGCUUGUUUUUGUAUAUGUAACAGGUGGUUUAUACACAUUCUGCAACUAAUUCUGUAGAUGAUGAACUCUUAUCUAGUCCUCUUCCGAUCAGAGGUCAGUGCCUUGACACCUGCUGGUUACCAGCAGAGCCCGCAAGAGUAGCCGUGCUGCAUGAUGAAGAGAGAAAUUUUCACAUUGUGAGCUUAGAUAUACACAUUGAGAAGAAGUCUAAAUAUAAAAUGAGUAUUACAGGUAAGUUUCUUCAAACUGUUGUCUAGCAGAAGGUAAUUUAUCCUUUUAUUCAGCAGCGAUCCAGAAAACACCCUGAACUGAAUUGCUAUUGAAAAGGAAAUGAAUUGUCAGGUGGACCUUUCUUGUAUAGGUGAAGAGGAGCGGCAUAUUUGUUUUGAAAUGUUGGUUGCAAUUCCAACCCACUUAUGUGCAAAUAAGCUCACUAAAUUCAAUGGGGCUUAUUUCUGAAUAGACACGGAAGGGAUUUCUGUGCAUGGUAAGCCAUAAAAGCAGGGACUUGGCUGCACUGUGUCAAAGCUGAAUAACAAAAUGCAUGGGAAAGGACAGUUCAGUACUAGAGCAUGUGCUGUAGUAGGAAGUAGAAGGUCCAGGUUCAGUCUCUAACUUCUCCACAUAGGUUUGGCAGAGACAACUGCCUGAAAAUCUGGAGAAAUGCUGCCAGCCAGUGUUGACGACACUGAACUAGACAGACCAGUGUCCCUAAUUUUAUAUAGUGGUGUUUCGUCAAGCUCAGCAGAUAAUACCCAAUUGACAAAUUUAUUUCUUUAGGCAACUUGUUUUCUUAAUCAGUGUUCCCUAUCUGUUUUCAUUCCUGUCCAUAGCAGCACAAUAGACAGAACUGCUAGCUUGGGUCUGAAUCAGCAUGUUCUCAAUACACAAUAUGUAGCUCAAAAUUCAGAGAAUCGUGACCUGACUAAUAUACUGGUGAGCACUGUUGCAGUACUCUUCACAGUAAACAGAGCAGAAAUUUCGGUGCUAAAAUGGUUUUUAUGCAAAAGCUCGACAGGUUGCAGACUUCACAUUACCAGCACAACUACGGAUUGGAGAGACGAUUAUGAAAGGAUUUGGCAAACAAACUAUUCUUUUAUCAACUGGACCAGAGCUGAAACUAUACACUCUGUCAGGAACUGAAUUAAUGGCUUUCAAAGAUCACCACAAUUCUAUUACAUCAAUCUGGGUGGUAUAUACGGUUACUAUUACUUACUACUACUAUUAUUUAUUUCUGUUCUGUACACUAAAUAUUCUUUAACUAAAAGGCUUUAAUUUGCAUCCACCCACCCCCAACCAGGAUCCUUUUCACGUUGUCACAUCAUCCAUGGACCUCUCACUUCGUGUGUACUCCUGGAAAAAUGACAACAAAUCAUCUUUGCUGAACGGUCGCUACCACUUACUAGGAGGAUCCCACAGAUGGUCAAAGUAAGUUUGAAACAUUUUGCAAAUUGCAGUUAAGAUGAGAGCACCUAUCACUUUCUUGCUAAAUACAACUAUAUUAGAAGGCAGAUUUGAGAAUAAAAGCCCAUCUGUGACCCCAAAUGCUAGUUUGAACUGUAUUUAUAUGGAAGACUUCAGUUCAAUUGUUUUCUGAAAAUCAGUCUAAAGUAUAGUGAUACUAGAUCAUAGGAGCUAUGGGCCAGGGUUUAAAGACAGCGAUAUGUGAAUUAUACAAAGGCUCUGGGGAUUGCUUUGCUUUUCCUUAUGACUGGGCCCCUUGACACGAAGUCCCAUUCAACAUCCCCUUUCCCCCGUUUAGGACCAUGAGGGGUAGAUAAAAGCUAUGUGCACUGUUUUUUGCCUGUGCCAUCCAUGGCUUUCCUCAUCCCCCAAUUUAAUCUUUGCAAGCAGUGAAGCUUACAGCCAAGGGAUAAACCAAUUCUGUUGUAAUGAACACAGAACUAACCUACUACUCAGGUUUAAAAAAAGAUGGUAGUAACUCAGUUUUGAAACAGGGCAAAACUGGGGCUAUGCUUAGCAGGGCAACAUAAAAAACCCAUUGCAAAAUCUCAAAAACCUGCAAUGUAGCUUCUCGUACUAAAACAGAAUGAGUUUGUUUCCAUAUGUCGUAGUUAAAUGUAAGUACUAGAUUGUGCCAAGUACUGUGAGCUAUAUAUUUUUUCCUCUCCUAGUGGCUUUAGAAGUGUGGCUUGUGACGAUGUGAGCAUUGUUGGUGUGGUGGCUGGAAAUGGAGACAUCUUAAGGGCAUACUCCUUUAAUUUGUAAGACUUAAUGUUUCUCUCAUUUUACAGUCUCGUGUUAGUUUUGUUUGCCUGUCAAUUAACUCUAAAGUGAAUUCAUCAUCACAUGAUGCAGCCCAUGUGUAAUCUAGAAACAAAAUGUCAGUAUGAUUUAUAACAUUUCAUGCCACUUGAAAACAAAAGCAUGCAGUGAAAUCCAAGCUUUGAUGUUUUUAGAUCAAGAAUAAACUAUUGAAGUGGUUGUCAGUUAUCUUUUUCCUUGCUCUUUAAAAAUACACGACUUUCAUGAAAUUCCAUCUCAGUCUGGAAAAAGGCAGUAAUUUUAUUAAAUGCUGAGAUAUAAUGUGAGUGUACAAUGGACCAGAUUAGUAAAUAUUUUCUGAAGUUUUUUUUUGCGGGGGGAAGUAACAUGGGUCCAAUCUACCAUAGUGUACACCUCAGUUCAGUUUCUAAGAUAAAGCACUCAAGGUCAUGUCCAACAUUGCUGCUCUGCAAAACUGAACGUUUCCCUCCAGCCCCCUUGCAUCAGAGGCAGAUUAAGGGUGCCUAGCGGGGCACCGCAACUAUGAAGUAGUGAAUUGAUCAGAACUGAAGGCUAGAGGUGGGGCGCCAAAUUUUGGCCUGGCACAGGGCACUGCUGAAAUUUGAAAUACCGAAGUGCUUGUACACUCUCAAUCUGCUCCAGAUGAGAUUUUGAGAGUGCAGCAGGAGAGCAAGGGAUCUCCAGUUGCCUGAGCAAAACUCCAUAGGUGCAGCAUUGGACAAAACCCUCAUUCAAAGUUGGUUUCACAGCUAAACAAUGCAGACAUGUGAGAACUCCUAAAUGUGGGGGUAGGACCACACAAUUUCUAAGGCCCUAGUAAGACCAGCACAGCUUAUGUGGAACAGCUGCUUCAAGGAGAAUUACAUAGACUCUUACCAAAAUGCCAUGUUCAAAAAUUGGACACAUGUGAACUCUACAGUUAGAUAAUCAAUAUUGUUCAUUAAAAUCUCAUUUUUCAGUUUUAUCUACUGGGGUGUUGGAGAAAGGCAACAUAAGACAGGAAACAGAAUGUACUACUACAAAGCAGUUUAUUGAGCAGCCUAGUUUACUUAAGUACUUCUUAAACAUAUGACACUUUGGAGCCUUAAGAGUUUAAACCAUUACACCAUUCUCUUUUCUACUCAGUUUGGAUAGAAUACUUUGUACCAUAGACUUCUCUUAGCAAAAAGCCAAGGAUACAUUCUGUAGGUUAAAAGGUAGCUCAAGGUUUCCCCACAUUUUUUGGCUUACUCAGUGAGCAAAACUUUUCUAGCCGGUCUUCCAAACCUUAAACCACAACCUAGUGGAGGAAGAUUUAAAACUGAGCCAAUAUCAUCCUGUUGUAAUAUUAAAGCCCUAAGAAAGGCAGCAGGUUGUAUAGUUAACUCCUUGCGGGCAAAACCACUGCCCUAAAACUAUGCAACCUACUACCUCUUCCUAGGAACCCACCACUUCUUCAGCAAUCCUUC